AUGACUGAUCAUGGAUUUACAAUCCCGGAUUUUCGAUAUUGUAUUGAUCAGUACGCUGCCUUAGUGGCACCCAAUAUCAGGGACUUAUUUCCCAUUCUACGCUACAUACCGGGUCUCUUCGGGCUUGCUGAGUGGAAAGAACAGGCGCAACUUGUCCGGAAAGAGGCCCUGAAAAAGGGAACUCAGUUUCUGAAUGUAGCAAAGGAGCAGCGUGCAGCUCUGGAUGCCGGAAAGUCGAUUGAGUGGGAAAGCAUGCUGGCGAAGAUGUUGAGAGAUCAACGUGACAACGAUGAUCACACGUUCUCAGAACAUGAUAUGGGCCACAGCGCCUUUCACGUAGUAGCAGCUUCUACGAGCACAUCGACAGCAAAGUUCUCGGUAUUACUGAUGGUGCUAGCAAAAUAUUCAGAUGUUCAGCAAAAGGUCAGGGAGGAGGUGCUUGAAAUUUCUGGAGGCGCAAUACCCAAGGCGACAGAUAUACCCAGCCUGAAGUACACAGAGGCGGUUUGGAACGAGGUAUUCCGUUCCAUUGAACUACUGAUUAUUCAUAAAACUGAUUAUAUAACUUGAUAGGUACAUCGCUGGCGUCCCGUAGCCCCUCAAGCAAUUCCCCACGCACCAUCUCAAGACGAUGUCUAUAAUGGUUAUCGCAUUCCCAAGGGCACUGCUGUCAUCAUGAAUGUCUGGCACAUUCACCACUCUGAGGAGGAUUAUGAAGAGCCGGAAGAGUUCAUUCCAGAAAGAUUUCUGAACCACCCGUUCGGGAUGCGGCCAGACAAAGCACACGACGGUACUCAGAUGGAGGCAUCGGGUGCGCGGAUCACGUAUGACUUUGGGGCUGGGCGGAGAGUAUGCCCAGGAAUGCAUUCGACCAAGCAGACUUUUCUACUUGGCUUGGCUAAGAUUCUCUGGGCUUUUGAAAUUCUGCCGCUUGAAGGAAAGAAUCUCGAUCUGAGCUUAAAAACUCGUUUCGUCCAGGAAGUUGCUUUGCACCCGAAGAGCCUGGAUGUGUCUCUGAAACUAAAGAACGGCAGGACUGGGAAGACUAUUAUAGGUCAUUACCAUCAAAAAUAUGAGGAUGAGGCCAAGGUUAUGGGCUGGGAAAACGACCUCUAUAGAUAG